AUGUGGCGUGUUGGUUACGUCUUGGUGUCUCUGGCGGCUUUCGCUUCGGCAUUAGAAGAUGAUCCUUAUCAUCCAGUAAUGCCGGAGCGCAGCUUGAACCCAGCGUUGCUCGCCAGAGGUGAGGACGUCGCGUCCUACUGGGUCGAAAAUGCACAGGCCCCGCUUCGAGGACUAAAAAGUGAAGGGAAAAAAGCGCGCAACGUCAUCAUGUUCCUUGGGGAUGGCAUGUCUGUGCCGACGCUAGCUGCGGCUCGUACUCUUCUCGGACAGAGAAGUAAACGCACGGGAGAGGAAUCAAAGCUUUCUUUCGAAGAGUUUCCUACAACAGGCUUGAGCAAGACUUACUGUGUAAACGCGCAGAUCGCUGACUCAGCGUGUUCCGCGACGGCUUACUUAUGUGGAGUUAAAGCAAAUCAGGGUACCCUGGGUGUGACGGCAGCUGUACCUCGCCGCAACUGCAGUGCCUCUUUGGACCCAGCUCAUCGCUUGGAUUCGAUUGCCGCUUGGGCGCUUGCCGAUGGCCGAGACGCCGGGAUAGUGACGAGCGCUCGUGUCACCCAUGCGUCUCCGGCCGGCGCGUAUGCACAUUCAGCAGAGCGUGGUUGGGAGAGCGAUGCCGAUUUGGGGGAGGAUUCACCACUGUGUUCGGACAUCGCCAUGCAACUUGUUCAUGAAAAUCCUGGCAAACAGUUCAAAGUGAUACUCGGUGGCGGUAGACGAGAGUUUCUUUCAAAGGACUUCGUCGACAACGAAGGGAAGAAGGGUACUCGGACGGACGGUCGGAACCUGAUCAACGAAUGGCAGGAGGACAAGCGCGUUCGCAACGAGAGUUACGCCUACGUGUGGAACCGAGAUCAGCUGGUCGAAGCCAACGCCACUCUGCCUAACUAUCUAUUGGGUCUGUUUGAGAGUAGCCACUUGCAAUACAAUUUACUCAGAAAUAUUACUAGUGAGCCUACAUUGGCAGAAUUGACAGAAGUGGCAAUAAGAAUUUUGAGCAAGAACGAAAAAGGCUUUUUCCUUUUCGUGGAAGGUGGCAGGAUAGACCACGCGCAUCACAGUAACUAUGUGGAGCUCGCCUUGGAUGAGACGAUAGAGUUGAGUGCUGCAGUCUCCCGCGCGAGCGAAUUAUUAAGCGAGGAAGACUCCCUGCUUGUUGUGACAGCUGACCACGCACACGUUAUGGCAUUCAACGGGUAUACGGCGCGUGGUAACGACGUACUCGGAGCCUCCCGAGGCAUGGAUCUCACUGGAGCGCCCUACAUGACGCUCUCUUACACUAACGGACCAGGCUACCGUCCGGCUGUCGACGGAAUUAGGCCCGAUGUCACGGCGGAAGAGAAUUACCACCGUGAUCCGAAAUGGCGAUCCCACGUGGACGUGCCUCUCUCUUCAGAGACGCACGGCGGAGAUGACGUGGCGGUGUUCGCACGAGGACCUCAGCACCACAUCUUCACGGGCCUCUACGAGCAGAAUCACAUUCCUCACAGAAUGGCUUAUGCGGCUUGCAUUGGACCCGGGCUACAUGCUUGCAACGGAGCAUUUCGUGUGGCUAAUCUACCGCAGCUUCCGUCUUCAGUAUAUUUGGUAGCAUCGAGCGGUGCGCCUGCAAGGGACGAGUUCGUUAAGAUGAUGAGAAGACGCGUUUUGCUAUCUUUAAAUCUGUUAAUAGUUCUUGCAAGUGUUCAAUAUUCAAUAGGUGACGAAUACCACAAUGGGCUGAGAGAAUUGUUACGGGCUGAGCGGUUUAAACGCAAUGAGGAGGAAUCGAGCAGCGGUUAUUGGAUAAGACAGGCUCAGGAGAGCGUAGGACGUCGCGCAGGAAUAGCGGGCGGCAGGGCGGGGGGCGCAGUGACUGGGGGAGCUGCUCGAAAUGUGGUGCUGUUCCUCGGGGACGGUAUGUCGGUGCCCACACUCACCGCUGCCAGGACCUUACUCGGCCAACGCGAGAGCCACACCGGGGAGGAGACGCACCUCUUUUUUGAAGACUUCCCCACCUCUGGCUUGGCUAAGACGUACUGUGUUGACGCCCAAGUGGCCGACUCGGCAUGCACGGCCACUUCCUACCUGUGCGGGGUGAAAACCAACCGCGGGACGAUAGGUGUGACGGCGGCUGUUGAGCGGGGUGACUGUGACGCUUCCACUGACCGUUCCUCGCACGUCGAGUCCAUCGCUACCUGGGCCCUGGCUGACGGGCGUGACGCCGGAAUCGUGACAAGCGCUCGCGUAACCCACGCGUCCCCUGCUGGAGCCUACGCGCAUGUGGCUCAACGUGACUGGGAGAGCGACGCCAACGUGCGCGCGGAUCGACACGACCCAGACUCUUGUCCUGACAUCGCCUAUCAACUGGUGCACCAGCACCCAGGCGUAGAUUUUAAGGUUAUACUAGGUGGCGGAAGACGCGAAUUUUUGCCGAGCAACACGUUCGACGAAGAAGGCACCCAGGGACAUAGAUUGGACGGUCGUAACCUGAUCGAGGAGUGGCAAAUAGACAAAAUUGCGAGAAACGUGUCCUACCGUUACGUUUGGAAUAGGGAGCAACUCCUGAACACGAACGACGACCUUCCAGAGUAUUUAUUGGGCCUCUUCGAGGGAAGCCACCUUCGUUACAACAUGGAAGCUGACUCGAGGACCGAACCCUCCCUCGCCGAUCUCACGGAGACGGCGAUAAGAUCUCUUCGAAGAAACGACAGGGGCUUUUUCUUGUUUGUGGAAGGUGGCAGAAUUGAUCACGCUCAUCACGAGAACAGAGCCACAUUGGCCUUAGAUGAAACGAUCGAGUUGAGCAAGGCUGUUGAACGUGCAGCGGCUAUGCUAAGCGAGGAGGACUCGCUGUUAGUAGUGACAGCUGACCACGCGCACGUCAUGGCCCUUAAUGGGUACACGCACCGCGGCGGAGACAUCCUCGGCGUCUCUGACUCCUUGGGCGAUGACGGCAUCCCAUACAUGACACUCUCGUACACCAACGGUCCGGGAUACCGCGAUCCAGUAGAUGACAAAAGGGCUGACGUCACGAAGGACGAAGACUUUGGUAGUCCUCAGUGGGUGUCGCCGGCGAGCGUGCCCCUCUCUUCCGAGACCCAUGGCGGAGACGACGUUGCGGUGUUCGCUAGGGGGGCCCCAGAACCAAAUGUUCACAGGCCUCUACGAGCAGAACAACAUUCCUCACCUCAUGGCUUACGCGGCCUGCAUAGGACCUGGUUUACAUGUAUCGGUGCGUUAGUUCCCGGUCGCGCGGGGUGUCCUCUGGGGGCUUUGGGCCGCAUCCCUCGGUCCGGCAGUCGACUCGAAGAGCUCGUGCCGACCUCGUGA